CUUAACACACAAAAUUUAAGAUCCAGUAUUCCAGUUCGUUCUAAUAUGAAAUCCCCAGUGAUAAUAUUGUUGCUAUUAGGAUUAACGCUAACGACGGCCGUACGUUUAGUGGGAAAAAAUCUUGUUUUCGGCGAAGGACGUGUAGUGGGUGGAGAAGCGGCGAAGGUGGGAGAGGCUCCCUAUCAAAUCUCUCUGCAGGGCAUGUAUGGCGGUCAUAUGUGUGGUGGUGCUAUAAUUGGAGCUGAAUGGGUUUUAACCGCUGCUCAUUGUGUAUAUGGUUACAAUCCCACUUUUCUAAGAAUUAUAACUGGUACGAAUAAAUAUUUUGAACCUGGUGCUGUCUAUGAAGUAGAUGAGUUUUGGACUCAUUGUAAUUAUAAUAAUCCCAUGUAUCACAAUGACAUUGCCUUGAUACAUAUUAAUGGCAGCAUUAAAUUCGAUGAAAAAACACAAGCAGUUCCAUUGCCCGAGAAACCUAUGAAACCGGGCGAUGAUGUUCUACUCACUGGCUGGGGAAAUUUAGAAUUUGGCGGUGAGGGCCCUGAAGAAUUACAAAAAUUAGAUACAAAAUUCAUUUCUUAUCAGGAAUGCAGACAAAGACAUGAAGGUGAAAUGCAAGAAAUGUUAGAUGUUGGUCACAUCUGCACAUUUACCCGAGAAGGUGAAGGUUCUUGUCAUGGUGAUUCUGGUGGCCCAUUAGUAAGCAAUGGCUAUUUGGUGGGUCUAGUUAAUUGGGGUAUGCCUUGUGCCACUGGUCUUCCAGAUGCUCAUGCUAGUGUUUAUUAUUAUAGAGAUUGGAUACGCAGGACCCAGAGUACUUGGAGGGGUCAGUGUAAAACGUGUCAUUGUAGUGCUAGUAAUUAUCCUUUUAUAAAUAGUAGAGUAAGAACGAGUUAUGAAAAUUAA